UACUUGGGCCAACAAGCAUUUCCAUUUCUCUUCUUCCCAACUUUCCUCUCUCCCCACUUUCUGUUUGUUUCCCGAGAAAAUACACAAAUCCAUCGGAAAAUUCAACAAACCCAUUUCAGAGAAGCAAAAAUUAAACAAUGGCCUUUGAGAAAGAUCUCAACUUGGAAGCCACCGAGCUCCGAUUGGGUCUCCCGGGAACUUCACCUGACGAUCAAUCUAAUUCUCCCAUCAACCGAACCAACUCCAACAAAAGAGCUUUGCCUUCCGACGACCAAAAUCCCUUGGAAUCUCGCCGAGAAAUUAACUCCGAUCCCUCCAAAUGCACCCAAGAAAACACCCCUCCCACCAAGGCACAAGUUGUCGGGUGGCCGCCGGUGAGAUCAUUUCGAAAGAAUUGUUUACAAGCAAAGAAAAAAGAGGAGGCGGCGGCGGCCGGAAUGUUCAUAAAAGUGAGCAUGGAUGGAGCUCCAUUUCUAAGGAAAGUUGAUCUCAAGAUCUAUCAAGGAUAUCCUGACCUUCUUCAAGCUUUGGAGAACAUGUUCAAAUUUUCUCUUGGCAAAUUUUGUGAGAGAGAAGGGUAUAAUGGGUCGGAAUUUGUUCCAACGUAUGAAGAUAAAGAUGGCGACUGGAUGCUCGUCGGCGAUGUUCCAUGGGAAAUGUUCAUGAGCUCAUGCAAGAAGCUAAGGAUUAUGAAAGGAUCAGAAGCAAAAGGUUUAGGCUGUGGAUCAGUGUGAAAUAAAGAACAAAAAAAAAUGAAAGUGAAAAAAGGGAUUAGAGAGCACCCCAAAUUGCUCUCUUUUUUUAUAAAGAUCAUCGAAAAAGUCGUGAAAGUUCAUCACAACCGCCGUGGAUUUGCCGGCGGAGUGCAACCACAACCGCCGGCCGCCUUGCCGAUGAUCUGACUGGAUUCGGUCUCGUGUAAAUGUUUAUGAAAAAUCAGAUCUUGAUUUUCUUAGAGAGAAAGAGAGAGAGAGAGAUGGGUUGAUGAUGAUGAAGAGUCAAGACCCCAAAACAAAUAAGUGAAUUGAGUUUUUUUUUUCCUUUUUUUUUUUGGUGAUUAUAUUCAUAUUUAUUUCUUGUGGGGGAUAAUGUAAUUAAUUCAAGAUAGGUUGGAAAUUAUGUUAGUUACCCCCAAAGAGUUUGUAUAUGUAAUUGAAUGUGAUAUGUAAUCAUCAAUUCCAGUAGAAGGAUCUUCUUCUU